AUGGCUGUUGAGACUGAGAAGCAGCAAGAGGCCGUCCCGACGGGCGGCCCUCUUGAGAAGGCAGAGCCAGACAAUGCUUCUACCAAAGGUCCCGUCUCGGGGGACAACACCGACACGGAGCGAGGAGCCACGAAAGAAGUAGCCUCCGAGCCCGUCCGCACCGUGACCGGCAUCAGAUGGAUCAUCGUCGUCUUCGCCAUCCUCUCCUCGACCUUCCUCUUCGCCCUCGACAACACCGUCGUCGCCGACGUCCAGCCGCAGAUCGUGCUGCAGUUCGAUGCCAUCACGGACAUCGCAUGGCUGGCCGUCGCCUUCAUCAUGGCCGCGACGUCGACGAACUUGCUCUUCGGGCAGCUGUACUCGCAUCUCAAGCCCAAGUGGCUGUACAUCGGGAGUGUCGUCGUGUUCGAGGUGGGAAGCGCGGUGUGUGGUGCUGCGCCGACCAUGGACGCCCUCAUCGUCGGUCGAGCGUUGUGCGGUCUCGGCGGUGUGGGGAUGUAUCUUGGAGUGAUGACUCUCAUUGCUGCGACAACGACUAUUCAGGAGAGGCCUGCGUAUCUGGCCUCGAUCGGGUUGACCUGGGGCCUGGGCACUGUACUGGGACCCGUCGUCGGAGGUGCGUUCGCUGAUUCAGAUGCCACAUGGCGAUGGGCCUUCUACAUCAACCUGCCGAUCGGAGGCCUCGCCGCACCUGUUUAUCUCUGGAUGCUUCCCUCCCCUGAUCCUCAACCCGGCGCGACUCUGCUCCAGCGCUUGAAAGAGUUGGACUGGGUCGGCGCGCCGCUUAUGCUCGGCGCCAUCAUCUGCUUCACGAUGGGUAUCAGCUUCGGCGGCGUCAUGUACGAUUGGGACUCGGGCUCCGAGAUCGCCCUCUUCGUCGUCUCCGGUGUUCUCUUCAUCGCCUUCGGUAUCCAGCAGGCGUACUGCAUUGGCACCACCAAAGAACGUCGUCUCUUCCCCGUCGAGCUCGUCUUCUCGAUGAAGUACUACCGUACCAUCAUCCUCAUGUUCUGCAUCACCGCCUCGGGAGGCUGUGCCAUCUUCGUCCCGGUGUAUUUCAUUCCCGUAUUCUUCCAGUUCACGAGGGGUGAUAGCGCGAUCGAUGCUGCUGUUCGGUUGCUUCCUUUCAUCAUCCUCGCUGUCUUCGUCACGCUUCUCCAGGGCGGUAUGCUCGCGCACCCCUCUGGCAAGUUCGGGAUGUACUUCCCUUGGUUCACAGCUGGCGGAGCCAUCGUCGUCACGGCGGCAACCCUCAUGUACCACGUCAACCCAGACCGGAGCACGGCGUAUAUAUACGGCGCUUCAGCGCUGCUCGGAGCCGGCGUCGGCACCUUCACCCAAGCGGGCUUCUCCAUCGCGCAAGCAAGCGUGCCUGAGGACAUGGCUGCCAUGGCCUCCUCGCUGAUGGCGCUUGCCCAGACCAGCGGCAUCAACAUCGCGCUUGCAGUCGGUAACGCCGUGUUUCUGAACAGAGCCGAGAAGCGCUUGACGGAGAUCCUCCCGGACACCGUUCCGGAAGAGCAAAUUCAGCUUGCCAUUGCCGGUGUCGGGACUGACUUCGUUUCGACCCUGCCUCCGGACAUGCAACGGGAGAUCCUCGAGGCCAUUGUGGAGGCGUUGAACUUGCCGUACAUCUUGGUGAUCGUCGCUGGUGCUAUGGUGCUUGCGUGCAGCCUGCUUUGCAAGAGAGAGCGCUUGUUCAUGAAGGCCGCUGCAGGCGGCGCUUGA